AGCUUACACAAGAAAAAAAAAAGUCCAGAUCUUUUCAGAAAAAUCCAAGCAUGAACAUCAUUCAAGUGUUGAAAACGGUGUUUGCUGUCAUGAGCAUCAGCAUUUUGCUACUUGCGGGAUCAACGAAUGGAUCGCCGUGGCAUUACUACAAAUAUGGCAAUCGACUUCGUUAUCCGAUGCAAAACCGCCGCGAAAGUUAUUAUCAACAAAAUCCCAUUCACGGCUCAAGAAGAUACCCGUACGCAAUUGACAACUCGGCCAAGAAGGAUGAUACUUUCUUCGUUCCCACGUGAUCAUUUGUUGAGAUAAUUAAAUGUGAUUUAUUUGCUGCUCUGGAUGUUGACAUUGCUGUGACGAGAUGAUAUGAACCUGUUUUCUGCGCGUGAUUGUUUUUAUGCAAGUAAAAGAAAAAUCGUGAUACCUUUUUACCCGUUUUGGAUGGUGUCGUCAAUUUGAAAUGUGAGAAUAAAUUAUUCGCAAAAGGAAAAUGUUGGAGAUGAUAUUCAAUAAAC